AUGAUCCAAAUCAUGUGGUAUAGAAAGCGCCAUAUCGGAGUCUUUAGGCUUAAACCUCGUAAGAUUUCCACUACGGAAGUGGCUAUGGCCGUCAUAGUAAUAUGCUGUUUCGCUUCAAUUCACCCGAGAAGUUCUUAUACCGAUUUUUCAGGCUCAGCUGUAGCGAGACAUUGGGCGUUCGGUUCGUCGACACCUCGAGAUCUCGCCCACAUGACGGCCAUUUCCACUGCACAACGCAUCUAUGACGCUAAAUCGCCGAAAAAAAGCACAACAUCACCGGAGUUCACAACUCCAGUGCGCAAACGUAGUACAACAGCUGUACAAACGAUCAUAGAGACGGUUUCCAACUAA